UUAUGCAAUCAUCGUCAUCAUGUCAAAGAUAGUAAUGAACUCGAAGGUGAAGAUGCCUACGAGCGGUACUAUCAUCUCGAAAAGCCUUAUGACAGCGAAGUUCGUAGGAGACGUCAGCCUUUGGAUAAAGCGGGAGCUGAUGGUAGCGAUGUGGCACGCAGAAAGCGGAAAGCCGAUGACAGUUCAUCGGAGGAGGACUCGUCAUCGUCAGAAAAGAAGGGCAAGUCAGGCGCUCCUGGAGCAAGCGCCGGAGAGGGUGCAAAAGGCGCAGAUGCAGCGCGUCGAAAGCGAAAAGCCGAUGACAGUACUUCAGAGGAGGAUUCGUCAGAAGAGAAAGGCAAGCCAGGCACUCCCGGAGCAAGUGAUGGAGAAGGUGUCAAGGGUGCAGACGGAGCGCGUAGGAAGCGGGAAGCCGAUGAUAGUUCGUCCGAGGAGGACUCGUCAUCGUCAGAAGAGAAGGGCAAAUCACCGCGUAGAAAGCGGAACGCCUCCGACAGUACUUCAGAGGAGGAUUCAUCAGCGGAGAAAGGCAAGCCAGGCGCUCCCGGAGCAAGUGGAGGAGAAGGUGCCAAAGGCGCAGACGGAGCGCGCAGAAAGCGGAAAGCCGAUGACAGUUCUUCAGAGGAAGACUCAUCUGAAGAGAAAGGCAAGCCAGGCGCUCCCGGAGCAAGUGGAGGAGAAGGUGCCAAAGGCGCAGACGGAGCGCGCAGAAAGCGGAAAGCCGAUGACAGUUCUUCAGAGGAAGACUCAUCUGAAGAGAAAGGCAAGCCAGGCGCUCCCGGAGCAAGUGGAGGAGAAGGAGCCAAAGGCGCAGAUGGAGCGCGCAGAAAGCGGAAAGCCGAUGACAGUUCUUCAGAGGAAGACUCAUCUGAAGAGAAAGGCAAGCCAGGCGCUCCCGGAGCAAGUGGUGGAGAAGGAGCCAAAGGCGCAGACGGAGCGCGCAGAAAGCGGAAAGCCGAUGACAGUUCUUCAGAGGAGGAUUCGUCAGAAGAGAAGGGCAAAAAAGGCUCUGACGGAGGCGAAGGUGAUAGCAAAGCAGCGAAGGGAUCAGAUGGUGCACGUCGAAAACGAAAAGUCGAAAAGAAUACGAUUUCUGUGGAGAGUAAAGAAUAUUCCAAUGGUGACGUGGUAAUCGAUUCGGAGUCUACCGAAAAUAGCGAAGACAAUGAAGUAAUUGAAUCGAAAAAAGAUUCAUCUUUAGAAGAUUACGUGCAGGGGUGUGAGGUUAUGGAUGCGGAUUCGGAUGAAGCAAACGAGACAACUUACUUUGAAGACAGGCGCAAACGUUCGGUGGAAAGUGAUGAGAGUGCUGAAUUAUCAAAUGCUGCUGUGGUUAAUUCUGAGCAAAGCAAGGAGGAUAAUACACGCGAAUCAACCGAUGAACUAUUUGAAGAUGCUAACGAAUCAUCUGAGGCAACCGAACCUCUAACCCAGCUGAAACGACGACGUGACACCACCAGCUCUAGCAAGGAAAGUGAUGAGAAACAUGACAAAGAUGGUGAGAAGUCCGUAAAUUGUGGUUGUGGCAAAUCCAAACGGGCCGCCGAUGAGUCAAACGAAUCGAAAAGUAACGAAGACAGCAAACAAAACGAGAAGAAGUCGGCCGCUUGUGGCUGCGGUGGUGCAGAGGGGGCAAAUGGUGAAGAAGCAGAGAAGCCCUGAGGGCUAGCCAGCAUCUGAAAAGAUGACGAUGGGAGCCGCAGUUCGCCAGACGCACGCGCGGAUGAUUUACUGCGCUUUAAUAAAAACAUAAUUUGAUGCUGUAUUUUUUAAGUUCCGUGUAGUUUUUUUGUAAAUUAAUAAAUUAUGUAUGUACAUGUAUGCCUUAACUGAUUUUUGUUGUAUGCAAAAUACAACAACAGAGAUAA